GGCUUCCCGCAGGGGGUGGAGCUCGCCUGGGGUGCGUCGCUCUUUCCGUUUCCGGCGGCCGAAGCGAGCGGAGGCGCCAUGUCGGCCCAUCUGCAGUGGAUGGUGGUGCGGAACUGCUCCAGUUUCCUGCUCAAGCGGAACAACCAGACCUACAGCACCGAGCCCAACAACCUGAAGGCCCGGAAUUCCUUCCGCUACAACGGCCUCAUCCAUCGCAAGACCGUGGGCGUGGAGCCGGCUCCCGACGGGAAGGGGAUCGUGGUGGUCCUCAAGAAGCGCUCAGGGCAGCGCAAACCGGCCACGUCGUACGUGCGGGUGCGGAUCCGGCGCGACGCCCGCGGGUCCCUGCGCAGCCUCCGGCACCUCAUCAGCAAGAACAAGUACAGGAGGGACCUGCGCAUGGUGAGGGGGCCCAAAAACACCCCAAAGUACCCCAAAAUCUAA